CCCACAGCAGCCGAGCGCCCCGCGCCGGCCUCAUUUCGACGCAGCCGAAGCACCGUCGUCGGUCGAAACAGCUGAGCUUGGAGGCAGCCUUAGCCGUCCAAGCAGCCGUCGUCGGACGCCGCCGCUUCCGCCGUCCAGCGCUACAGACGCCAUCGGCGGGCAGCCCUGCCGCUGCGCCGCGAGCCGCUUGCGCCAGACGCCGCCGCCGCGGAUCCGGUUCAGACCACCAUGGCCUCGAUGAUCCCGCCCCACGACUCCCUGGUCAAGUACCACAGCCCCGUCGUCGUCACGACGGCCCGCGCGGCGCCGAAGAAGGGCAAGAAGGGCCCGGCGACGCCCGAGAAGGCCUCUACCCAAACGGAAGACAUUCUUAAUAGUAUCUUACCGCCGCGAGAGUGGACAGAAGACGGGACGCUCUGGGUCCAGUACGUGUCGUCGACGCCGGCGACGCGGUUGGACGUCGUCAACCUCCAGGAAUCAUUAGAUAGAAAAUUGCAGCAGCGCCAGGCCCGCGAGACGGGCAUCUGUCCCGUCCGCGAGGAGCUGUACGCGCAGUGCUUCGACGAAGUGAUCCGCCAGGUGACGAUCAACUGCGCCGAGCGCGGCUUACUCUUGCUGCGAGUGCGAGAUGAAGUGAGGAUGACGAUCGCGGCCUACCAGACGCUCUACGAGUCGUCCAUCGCCUUCGGCAUGCGCAAGGCGCUGACCGCGGAGCACACGAAAGCGGAACUCAACAAUAAGGUCCGGACCCUCGAGGCCGAGCGCGAGGAUUUGGAAGGACAGGUGAAGGAACUGCAAGAAAGAUGCGAGUCCAUCAAGGACCGGGAAGCCAAAAGGCGCGAGGAGGACGACGCGGCCCACGCCGAGGAGGUCGACAAGUUCAAGAAGAUCAACGAACAACUCAAGGCGAACCUCGAGGCGAUGCUCUCGGCGCCGCAGCGGUCCUGAUAAGUAGCGUUG